UUUCGAACUGCCGAAGAAGAAGCUAACGACGAAGAAGAAGAAGAAGACGAGGAGGCGGAAGUAGUAAGUAGAAGGCGUUCUUCGCACGUGUGUUGUUGACUGUUGAGCGUUUGUCUUCAACAUGUCAAAAGCUUCGACGAAAAAGCGGACGAUGAAGGCCCGCAAGAAGCGUCCGACCGUUCCAGUUGAGAACCCCGACGUAAGCUACGAUUUCGAGGAAGAUGGUUUCGAUAAAGCUGACGAUUCUAUCGCUAGCGACGGGGAGGAAGACAGCGACAAUGAACGAAAACGCCAAAAGCUGGUGGAGGCCAUCAGCUCUCUCGGGGGAGCGAGGCGCAAGAAAAUUACCGGGGAGCGAUCGGAACCGGCUCUCCAAAAGUCUGAAUUUACCGUCAACGCGGAGGGGGAGGGUGUCAAAAUAAAGUUGACGGAUCUGAUGAAGUCCAUGGACAAAAUCUCGGCCGUCUCCGCUAAGGCCAAGAAGCAGCUAAAGAAACUGCAUCAAAGUAAGAAAACAGUCGAGUGCCCGGUCACCACGCAGGAACGUGAGAGGAUCCAGAGAGAUGUGGCCUUUCAGAAAGUAGCAAAAGAGGUUACGCAGUGGCAAAGUGUGAUUCAAAAGAACCACAAAGCUGAACAACUUGUUUUCCCUUUGAAUCAGGAGCCCCCCGGGCCCAAAGCCGUGGAAAGGGUCGUUAUGUCCUGGAAAGCACAAACUCCCCUCGAACAGGAAAUAUUUUCCCUGCUCUCUGCCAACAACCAACCGACCACCGACCCCAUUUUAACCCCCACCGAGGAGGCUUCCAUGAAGGCGAUGAGUCUGUCGGAGGUUAAGAUGCGCCGCGCCGAGCUGCAGAAAGCCCGUGCGCUGCAGUCCUACUACGAAGCCAAAGCUCGGCGAGAGCGCAAGAUCAAGAGUAAGAAAUACCACAGAGUGCUGAAUAAAGCCAAGCGCAAAGAUUUCCUCAAGCAGUUCGACGAGAUGGUGAAGAAAGACCCGGCCGGCGCUUUGGAGGAGAUGAAUAAAAUGGAGGUGGCCAGGAUGCAAGAGAGGAUGUCGUUAAAGCACCAGAACAGCGGCAAGUGGGCCAGGUCCAAGGCCAUCAUGGCAAAAUAUGACGACGGCGCCCGCAAAGCGAUGCAGCAGCAGCUGGAGGUGAACAAAGACCUGACGCAGAAACUCGCCGUCGCCGUAUGCAGUGAGGACGAGGAAGCCGAAAUCCCGGAAACGUUGCCCGAUUUUGUCAACGAAGCGCCGCAGGGAACGGAUUCGAAUCCGUGGAUGAAAGGGAAGCUGUCCGAAGACCCAGCCGAGAACGGGAAGGAGGCGGAUGACGUCGCCCCACAGUCGACCGGAAUCGCUCCAGUUACAGCAGCAGCAGCAGAAGAAGAGGAGGAGGAGGAAAGCGACGUGGAGGAAACCGAAGAAGAAUCCCUGCUACGCGAGUUCGACAGCCGUCGGAAAAUGCGUCAGGAUUCUGAACCGCUUCAGGUCGGGAAAGAAGAUUCGCAGAUGGAGUUGAACAGGAACGCGCCAGUCUUGAAGGAGUCCGAAGACACUUCUGUGCCUCUGCUGGAAGGCCAGACGGACCAAAUGGAGACUUUCGAGUACAUGGAGCUCCUCAACCAAGUGGAGUCAGUUCAAGCCGAGACGGCAUCAGUCGAGCCGCAGCCGUCCUCGGACCGAGUGCCCCAAAAACAGAAAAAAGGAAUAGAACUGAAAGAUGUUCUCACCAAAGACGCAAAUCCCCUUCUUGUGCCGCUGGCGCCGACCGCGGCGGCCACGGAGGACUCUGACGAAACCCUCGACCAAACCGGACUCAUUCGGGAAGCCUUCGCCGGGGACGACGUCAUCUCGGACUUCGUGAAGGAGAAGAAGAAGCAGGCGAACGCGGACAAGCCCCGCGUGGUGGACUUGACGCUGCCCGGCUGGGGGGAGUGGGGCGGUUCGGGCCUCAGGCCCUCCCUGAAAAAGCGCAGGAGGUUCCGAGUGAAAACGGGCCCGCCGCCGCCCAGGAAAGACGAUAGGCGGCCCGGUGUCAUCAUCUCCGAGAAGCGAAACGGGUCGCUGAGCCUCCACCAGCUCAACUCGCAGCCGUUUCCCUUCACCAGUCCCGCCCAGUUCGAGAGCACCUUGCGCGCCCCCGUGGGGCGGACCUGGAACACCGAGCGCACCGUCAAAAAGCUCACCAAACCCGAAGUGCUGACCCGGCUCGGUGCCGUCAUCGAGCCCAUGGCUCGGGAGGAGCUGACGAAGGACAAGGACGCGCGUGCCGGCGAUUGGAGUGGGGAGAAAAUUAAAAUUAAUUUUUGAAUGUUG